GUUCGACGACGACACAAGUCGUCCAGGUCACGCAGAUCCCACUGUUGGGCCGCAACGGUACCGGCAUAAGGUUGAACGUCAACGAGCCCGUCUACCCUGACGACAAUAUCACUGACCUGAUUAAGCAAGAUCCAGGACUAGUAAAAGCGCAGGAUAACACUACGAACUUGCAGUAUGACAAGCACGACUUCUACAGCAGCUCAUUCAUCGGCAACGUGACAUACUUUAACGAGUAUUGGAAAAACAUCACUAAUAAGAAAGCCGACGCUCACGCCGUGCUCAGCAAUUCGCAUCGCAGAGCCACUACUUUAAAGCUGAAUUUCGAAUUUCCCUUCUACGGGCACAUGAUUCAGAAUAUCACGGUCGCGACCGGCGGUUUUAUCUACACAGGCGAGCACGUGCACAACUGGCUGGCGGCCACGCAGUUCAUCGCGCCACUGAUGGCCAACUUCGACACCACUAUGACUAACGACAGCGCCGUUAAAAUGGUCGACGAUGGCGAAAAGUUCACGGCAUUUUGGGAGAACGUGACCCUCCAAGAGAACAAGGACAAGAAAUUCACGUUUGCUGUGACGCUACACAAGAAUGGCGAUAUCGUGUUCGCGUAUCGCUCGGUGCCCAUCAGCGUGCAAGACAUAAACGACAGCGAACACCCCGUCAAGGUGGGCAUAAGCGAUGCUUAUCUGGCCGACAGGAUACAUUUCCUGAUACGCCGGAAGACGAUCUACGAAUAUCACCGCGUCUCGUUCAAGGACUACGAGAUCACGAACAACACGAUCCUGUGGCUUACGGCGCUGCCAACCUGCCUGCCAUACGACACGUGCGAGUCGUGUGUCAACCACAAUACCGGGUUCAAUUGCACUUGGUGCGAGGCGAUACGCAAGUGCUCAAGUGGCACCGACCGGAACAAACAGGACUGGACGCUAAGAAAUUGCGAGAAGUCAUCGAUCACCAACGAGACGGCAGCGCUGUGCCAAGCGCAUGCGCCGCCCAAGCCGGCCAAUACGGAUCCGACGAACACUGCCUACAUCACUGAGGGUGAACACAGUCCGCACGAGACCGUUGUUAAGAACAAGCAAGUGACAGUACCACAGACGCCACAGCUGCCUAAUGUGUCGAACGACAAGACGUCGAUGAAGGCGUCUGGGGAGGCGCCGGCGCAGAUGCCCGUGGUCUCCGCACACUCGCCGGUCGGCGGAGUGGUCGCGGCGUUCGUUGCCGUCGCACUCAUUUGCAGCGCAGGCGCUUGGGCUCUCUAUGCGUUCAAGAACCCGCACACUCGCUCCGGACAGCUACUCAUAAAGGUACCAAUUUUUGUUGAUUAA